AUGGAUAAUAAUGAUGUAAACAAUGCUAAUUUAGAAAAUACUAAUAUGAAAGAAGCUAUUGCAGCUGAAAUUACUAAAACCAAAGUUUUUAUAGACAAUUUUGAAGCUAAUGUAAAUGGUGUUG